AUGCGGGCUUGCUGCUAGCAGCGCUGCUGACGUCGUUGCCAUCGACGUUGUCGUUGUCGUUGUUGUCGCGGCCGUCACAGCUCGCGGUGGUUGUUAUUUUUUUGGUUUUGGUUUUUAGUUGCUGUUUAAACUUGGUCGUGAGAGGGUAGCAGCCCCCGUCGUCAACCAUUGCCACCCAAACGAUCGCGCGCUGGCAAAAAGCAACAAAGUAAAGUGAAUGUGAUAAGUGAACUUUGGGUCAAGUGAACAAAGUGAAUCUGGCUGGCGCGCUGGCCAACAAAAAUAGAUACAACAUUAACCUACACAUAUUGCAAAAAAUUCUAAUGGCGCCCGCUGCCGUUGUUGCCUCGUCGGGCACCUCACCCACCACAACGAAUUCGCUGCAGGACAUGAGCGCAGCCGCCGCGGCCAUAGCGCUGGACAUGAAGCCCAAAGUCGAAUUGGCCGUGGUGCCAGCUCAAAAGAUUAAGAAAUUGGUGCGCCGUAAUGCCUCCGACAAGCUAAAGCUCAUCAAAAUGGUGCACGACAAUCCCAUCUUGUGGGACUCGCGCCUGCCCAACUUCAAGGGCGCCGAGGAGGAGAAGAAUCGCGCCUGGGAGCACAUUGGCCGGGAAUUCAAUGCGCCCGGAAGACGCGUUGCACGCGCCUUCAAGUCCCUGCGCGAAUCGUAUCGCCGCGAAUUGGCCCACGUAAAGUUGAUGGGCAACGGAUUCAAGCCAAAGUGGAGCCUGUACGAGGCCAUGGAUUUCCUCAGAGAUGUCAUCAGAGAAAGAAAGGGCGCUUCGCAUACUGGCGAUCUCAGUUUGAGCGCAUUUGCUCAUCACUUGCACAAUAACAACAACAACAACAGCAAUAAUAAUAACAACAACAAUACAAGCAAUAGCAACAACAACAACAACAGCAGCAGCAACAACAACAACCAUCACAGCAUUUUGAGUGGCAGCAAAGCAGCAGCCGCAGCCGCAGCCGCAGCUGCAGCCGCUGCCGCUGCCGCCGGUUUGAAGUCGCACUCAUCCUUCAUCGAUGCAUCGGAGGCUGCACUGAAUCUGUCCAAGUGCUCGGGACUGAAUUUGAGCCACGAUGAUUACUUCUACGAUUACAAUGUAAAGUCGGAGCUGGAUUUGUCGGCUGGCGGCGGCGGUGGGGGCGGGAGAGGCGCUCGUAAAGCGGGCAGCAGCAGCAGCAGCAGCAGCGGUGGCAGCGCCGGCUUAGGCUUGCGCUUGCCCUUGCCCAUAGCGAUGCCUAUGCUGCCGCUGCCCGCCCACCAGCACCAGACGCUGGCCACGGCACAGGCCAUACACAAUGAGAGCCGCGUGAGCUCCACACGCAACGACAGCGCCGCUGCCGAGUCGAAUCAUCAGCGGAGCUACGAUGAUCUCGAUGCCAGCUCGAUGCGUAGCGGCGACGAGGAUGCUGGCAAUGCCUCCGAUGAGGUGGAGGAACUGGAGGCCAUCGAUGCUGACUUUCCCUAUCCCAUCAUACUCGACUCGAAUUCGCCGGGCAGCGAUAAUGGCGGCAGCGGCAGCGGCGAUGCCCAGACGCCCGUCAGUGGACGCAAGCGACGUCGCGCUGCGGAAGCGGAAGAUCUGGAUGAUGAGGGCGACAUGGAUGGCGAUGACUAUGAGGAUCAAAUGCUGCAGCAGCAUCGCCACUUGCGCCAGCAGCAGAAUGUCACAGCCGGUGAACUGGAUAUGCCGCCGCCGCAGACGGUGCGCGAGGUGCUCAACUCCAAGUUCUGUGGCUUCAUCUCGGCCAAGCUGAACAGCAUGGAGGACUCGGAGGCCGAUAAUCUGAUGAAUCGCAUACUCCUGCUGGUGGUGCAAAUGCAACAGUGCGAGACACCCAAAUAGGCGAAGAAUGUGGAAUCAAAUUUGGGUUUGGGGUUUCGGGUUGGGCUUGGGGUUCGGGUCGGGUCGGGAUUUUUUUACUAGUUUAUAAGUAGAGGAAGAGCUCAUUAUGGAUUAAUGCAGCUGCUCAAAGCAAAACGUUUUCUUGCCAUUUACCAAAAUGUUUCACAAAUCUGUACUCUCAAUAUGCCAUAAAUCAUGCCAAAAUUGUGCCAUGCCAAAAAAGAAAGAAAAAAAAAAAAAAAAAAACACGAAAAUAUAAGAAUUAAUGGAAGACUUCUUUAAAGCUAUAUCCCAAAAAGAAAAGAAAAUAAAGAGAAUGAAAUAUACAAAUGUAUGAACUCAAUGAAAAGACACAACAACAAAGACAAAGAUAGUUAGCCAUAUAUGAGAUUUAGUUUAUUAUAAACGUUAAUUUAGUUCUAAGUGGAUCUAACUAUAUAUACAUACAUAUAUACAUAUGUAAUUGUCUAUAUAUGUCUAUAUUAUAAAACUGUUUCAGUUUGAUUUCUAGCUCUCUUCAACAUUUUUUUUUAGUUCUACCUAUAUAUAUCUAAAUAUUAUCUUAGCCAACGUCUCAUCACAUGUUAUCUUAUAGUUUCUCUUCUUUUGAAGAUAGUUCUUAACUCCAAUCAUGAAGAGUACAAAACAAGAAAAUUGUAUAAAUACUUUGGAAGUUCUACAUAAAGUGGCAAAUACAUAUUAAAUAUAUUAUUUCAUAUACAUUUACCUUAAA